ACAAGUGUGCCAGCUCGUCUGCGCGCGUCCAUGCGUGUUAUGAGCCAAUGUUAUAGACACACAAGUGAAGGUGUAGAAUAACUUAGAUAAUGAUAACAGUGACGCGCUGUAAUUGAUGUAGCUAUAGGCAACGCGGGGAGGAUGGACCUGUUGAGAGUGGAGGGGGGGAGGAGAAAGUGAGGAAAGUUCUGGUCUAAGAAGGGGAAAAAACACAUUUUAACUCAAGGUUGAGUUUCUUUUUUUGUUCUGAUCUUCAACAUUCAUCCAUCCUUACACAAAACAGUGUGCUGAGUAGUAAAUGGACUCGAUCUGACGUCAUCUAAAUCAGCCCUUGCGCGUGUGCGCUCCUGAUCACCAGCUGCGCGCCAGUGCGCGUCCGAGAAGCGUCUGUCUGUGAGGCUGAGCCGAGGAGCCUCUGACUGUCCCGGGCGGUGCAGCGGGGAAUAAGCGAGCACACAUCUGCUAAUGCACAAGGAUGGAUCGAUGGAGUCUAAUGCACGAGAUCCGGCUGCUCCUGCUGCUGCUCUGCGCACUCUUCUACAUCUCCAACGCAGCUGAUCCCAUUGACAUCCUGAAGAUCCUGGAGCUGUCAGAGGACAUGGAGGGUGUAUCACUGGAAGCAGGGCUGUGCACCAGCAGGACAGGCAGAAAGGAGACAGACCUCUCCUUUAAAAUUAACAGAAAGAUCCAAGUGAGCGUGCCCACAAAGCAACUCUUUCCUGAUACCCCAUUCCCUGCAAACUUCUCACUAAUGACGACAGUGAAAGCUGUGAAAGGAUCACAGGUUUUCCUCUUCUCCAUGUAUGACACACAGGGCACUCAGCAGCUGGGUUUAGAAGUGGCCCGCUCUCCUGUGUUCCUGUACGAAGACCACAAGGGUCAACCAACUCCAGAAUUUUAUCCCACCUUCAGAAAGGUCAACCUGGCUGAUGGCAAAUGGCACAGAGUGGCCUACAGUGUGGAGGGCCAGUCGGUGACUCUCUAUGUAGACUGUGAGAAGGUGGACACCCUGGACCUGCUAAGAGGUUUUGAUCCCCACAUCAGCACAGACGGCGUCACGGUGUUUGGGACGAGACUGCUGGACGAGGAUGUGUUUGAGGGAGAAAUCCAGCAGCUGCUGAUUGUUGAUGAGCCUGGAGCGGCAGAGACCUACUGUCAGAACUACAUUCCAGACUGUGAUGCACCUUUACCCUAUGACUCCAUACUAGCAGAGGCUGUGGAGGAAGAAAGGAGGCCCAAAAAAACAGUGGUGGAUGAUUUUGAAGAGUUUGACUACAAUGACCUCUAUGAGGAGAUCCCCGUUGGUAACGAAGCUUCGAAUAUGACUGAGUAUGAGAUAGUAGAGUAUGAAUAUUACGACAACACCACACAGCGGGCCAACGAGUAUGAAUAUGAGGAAGAGUAUGAUGAGCGGUACGGACCUGCUGAGAGAGAUCCGGGCUACUCUCUUCACUCACAGGAUAUACCAGAGAAAGGGGAGAAAGGAGAGCCAGGGUAUCUUGGAGCGGGAACGAGGAUUACAGGACCUUAUGGGCCUCCAGGACCUGAGGGAGAACCGGGACCUCCUGGAAUUACUGGACCAGUGGGGCCUCGAGGAGACCCUGGAGAGCUGGGUCCUCCAGGGCGACCGGGCCUGAAUGGAGCGGACGGGAUACCAGGCCCUCCAGGAAACAUCAUGCUCAUACCGUUCCAGUCAGGUGGAGAUCCUCGGACAGGCGCUGUGGUCUCUGCUCAGGAGGCGCAGGCUCAGGCCAUCUUGCAGCAAACCAAGCUGGCAAUGAAAGGCCCUCCAGGGCCUUUGGGUCUUAGGGGAAGACCUGGACCUCUGGGUUCUCCCGGUCCUUCGGGUUUGAAGGGGAACAGUGGCGAUAUGGGACCACCGGGACCUCCAGGACUGUCAGGUAUCCCGGGUCAGAACGGACGACCUGGUAAACGGGGUAGAGGAGGCGCCGAUGGGGGCCGUGGUGAAAUAGGAGAGUCAGGAGCAAAGGGGGACAGGGGCUUUGAUGGUUUACCCGGCCUUCCCGGGAACAAAGGACACAAGGGGGACAGGGGGAAACCUGGUGCUGUGGGUCCAUCAGGACUGCGAGGGGAAAAGGGUUCUAUGGGGCCACCAGGCCCAAGAGGACAACCAGGGGAUUCUGGUCCCAGAGGUCUGAAUGGUCCCAGAGGUCGUCCUGGUCCUCCAGGCCAGCCAGGAAUUCGAGGAAUCGAUGGAGUUCAAGGUUCAAAAGGAAACAUAGGACCACCCGGAGACACCGGAGCAUCUGGACAACAAGGCAAUCCUGGGAUUGUGGGUUUUCCUGGUCCUCAGGGUUUGGUUGGAUUACCAGGAGAGAAGGGACCACAAGGAAAGAAAGGGAUGCGAGGUCUACCUGGAAACGAUGGACCCCCAGGACACCCAGGACGAGAGGGCACCCCGGGUGAAAAAGGACUGCCUGGCCCUCUGGGAGUGCAGGGACCUGUUGGAUAUCCCGGCCAACGAGGAGUUAAGGGAGCAGAUGGAAUCAGGGGUCUGAAGGGGAGUAAAGGCGAGAAGGGUGAAGAUGGUUUCCCUGGAGCCAAAGGGGAGAUGGGAGCAAAGGGAGACCCUGGGGACAACGGAGCCCCAGGAGGUCGAGGUGAAGAUGGACCUGAAGGGCCAAAAGGUCAGUUGGGAGCUCUAGGAGAAUCUGGUGCUCCUGGUACCCCCGGAGAAAAGGGAAAACUAGGAGUUCCCGGACUGCCAGGAUAUCCAGGGAGACAAGGACCAAAAGGUUCUGAUGGUUUCCCUGGUGCCAUCGGAGCUUCAGGAGAAAAAGGGAAGAAGGGUCCUGCAGGGCAGCCUGGAGGUGCAGGCCAAAGAGGUCCGAAUGGUUCACGUGGAGCCAGAGGUGCCAAAGGGCCUACAGGGAAACCAGGAGAAAAGGGUGCCUCCGGACAUGACGGCCCCCCGGGAUCUCCUGGAGAGAGAGGACCUCAAGGACCACAAGGAGGAAAUGGAGAGCCAGGACCUAAAGGAUCACCUGGUCCAGCAGGGAAGGACGGACUUCCAGGUCAUCCAGGUCAAAGAGGAGAACCAGGUUUCCAAGGAAAAACAGGACCUCCAGGACCCUCUGGUGUUGUCGGACCUCAGGGCAAAUCGGGGGAACCUGGCCCAACAGGAGAUAGAGGUCACCCGGGGGCACCAGGUGUGCCCGGAGAGCAUGGCUUACCUGGGUCUGCUGGAAAGGAAGGUGGAAAGGGGGAUCCUGGUUUACAUGGGACAGCUGGAAAAAAUGGGCCUCCAGGUCUGAAAGGGUUCAGAGGGAGCAGAGGAGCCCCUGGAAUUAUGGGACCACCUGGUCUGAAAGGAGGAUCGGGACCUGGUGGAUCCGCAGGAGCCAUUGGGCCAACAGGUGAGAGGGGCCCUCCAGGACCAGCAGGUGGCAUUGGACAGCCAGGACGGGCCGGAACCAUUGGUGGACCCGGACCCAUGGGAGAAAAGGGGGAGCCUGGAGAAAAGGGUCCCAUUGGACCGGCCGGCCAGGACGGAGAUCAGGGACCAGUGGGGAUGCCUGGUUCAACAGGUCCAGCAGGUCCCCCAGGAGAUGAUGGUGACAAGGGAGAGCAGGGAGGACCAGGACAGAAAGGCAGCAAAGGAGACAAAGGGGAAGCAGGGCCUCAAGGCCCCGCUGGAACUCAGGGCCCAAUAGGCCAGCCAGGACCUCAGGGUGUGGACGGACUGGCUGGCCCUCGAGGCCAACAGGGCAUGUAUGGCCCCAAAGGCGACGAGGGCCAACGUGGUUUCAAGGGUUCCAAAGGACCGAUAGGGUUACAGGGUAUGCCUGGACUACCAGGUGAAAAGGGCGAGAGUGGACACGUUGGUCUCAUGGGUCCACCUGGGCAACAAGGUCCAACUGGUGCUCAAGGUCCAAUCGGAGGACAGGGACCAGCUGGUAGACCAGGGAUGAUUGGACAGCCAGGCGUUGUUGGGGAAAAGGGAGAAGAUGGUGAAGCGGGUGACCCUGGGCCAGUUGGUUUGGCAGGAAGGCCGGGAGGAAAAGGAGAUGUUGGAGAGAAGGGAGACACAGGUCCUCCAGGAGCGCCUGGUUCUCCAGGAACCAGGGGGCAGCCAGGGGAGGAUGGGGCAAAGGGCAAUGCUGGUCCAAUAGGUCUGACUGGUGAUCUUGGACAGCAGGGAGAGGCUGGGCCCAAUGGUGUAGAUGGCCUUCCUGGAUCUAAAGGAGACAUCGGAGAGCCUGGAAAACCUGGACCGGUGGGGCCAUCAGGAGAACCUGGACCAACUGGACCCCCUGGCAGAAGGGGCCACCUGGGGAAACCAGGAAAGGAAGGAAAAGCCGGCUUGAAAGGAGCAAAGGGUGCUCGUGGACUAGAGGGUCCUAUUGGAAAAAGAGGGCCCAUGGGUGCCCAGGGGCAUCCUGGGAAACCUGGUCCCCAAGGACUACGAGGGAUCCCUGGUCCUGCAGGUGAACAAGGCUUAAACGGUCCCCCGGGAGCCACAGGACCACCCGGUCCCAUGGGUCCACCGGGGUUAGCCGGACUUAAAGGAGAUCCUGGAAGAAAAGGGGACAAGGGUCACGGCGGUCUCAUAGGUCUGAUAGGACCACCAGGAGAUCUAGGAGAAAAAGGCGACAGAGGACUACCAGGAAACCAGGGACUAGGAGGUCCAAAAGGAGAUGAGGGUCCUGUUGGCCCGCCAGGUCCUCCGGGUCCUCCAGGCCCCACAGGAUUAUCUGGUGCAAUCGGUUCAAAGGGCUCUAAAGGAAACCAGGGUCCAAUUGGCCCCAGAGGAGACCCUGGUCCUGCUGGCCCACCUGGACCUCCAGGAGGAGCAGCGGUUGGGACUGUAUCUCUACCGGAGCAGAGGGGACGGCGGAGGAGGACGGACACGGUGGUGGAUGGUGCUGCUUUUGAAGAUGAGGAGGAUGUGAAUGAUGGAGCAGAAGACGACUGGAUACAAGGCGACCAAGCAGGACAAGAUGGCUGGAUGAAGGAGAAGGAGGGUCAGGGCAUGGAGGAGGUGUUUGCCUCUCUUUCCUCAAUAAAAGUGGAGGUAGAGGGUCUGAGGAAUCCACUGGGAACGUACCACAGCCCUGCAAGGACCUGCAAGGAGCUCUGGCUCCUCAAACCAGAUCUCCCCAAUGGUGAGUACUGGAUUGAUCCCAACCAGGGUUGUCACAGAGACUCUUUCAAGGUGUUCUGCAACUUCACCGCUCAGGGAGAGACGUGUCUGAACCCUGACAAGAAGUUCCAGUCGGUGAAAUUAGCAGGCUGGAAAGGGGAAAAACCUGGAACCUGGUACAGCAAAUUCAGAAAAGGAAAACAGUUUUCUUACUCAGGGUCAGAGGGCACGUCCAUCCACAUCGUCCAGCUGACCUUCCUAAAGCUGCUAAGUGCCACAGCCAGGCAGACAUUCACCUACCACUGCCUCAACUCUGCUGCCUGGCUGCACGCUGCUGCCCACAGCCACCAGCAUGCACUGCGUUUCCGAGGCAGCAACGGGGAGGAGCUCACGCACGAGAACACUCACUAUAUCAAUGCACUGUACGAUGGGUGCCAGGCCCGCUCAGGACAGGAGAGAACCGUGUUGGAGUUUGACGCCCCGCUCUCAAACACGCUCCCCAUCAUCGAUGUCGCGGUCUCCGAUUUCGGAGCGGGAAACCAGAAAUUUGGUUUUCAAGUUGGUCCAGUCUGCUUUAACGGUUAACGAACUUUACGCUGGAGACAACAGCAGGAAAUUUUUUUUUUUAUUUUUAUCACUGAAAGAGCCGAGGACACUUUUGACAUGCAGAAAAACCAAACGACAUUUCAGGCCGCAUAUUUAUGAGUCAGUGUACCUACAGCAGUAUUCUCAAGUCCACACGUUCACUCCCCUUCCUGCAGAUCCAUUCACAAACUACUCAUUGUUUAACUUAUCUCUCAGAUGCUGCGUUUUCUCAAGAAGUACAUGUAUUUUAUUGUUGGCCUGUCUUCUUUGAAGGAGUGAGUGGUGCUUUCACAGUUUGUCCCAUAUAAAUAUUAUGAUCACUGAAUGCAACACAUGUAAGCUCAGUAUCUCAGCAGCAUGCACUCUGGUCUUUGUUGCCAACAAACCUCAAUUAUUUUGUUACACUUUUUUUAUUGUUAUAGUUUUGUUAUAAUUAUUUCGUAUAUGGUGUAUACACUGAUGAGCUGCAACAACGUUUGGUGAAAGACAUCCCAUCACAGCGCACUGUGCCAAAAGUCACGGGCCUCCAGGGAAAAACUCAGAGUAGGCUGUACUUGUCCACGCAAUCUCGCCACUCUGCCGCUUCCAAAGGAUUCAGUCGGCUGCCCAGACGGAGACGUCCACUCCACACCUGAGGAGGAGCCAAAUGACUUAGAGCCUGCGGUUUGUUGUUGGAGCAGAUCGGUGUAUUUUACAGUUAAAUUCAUGGUGCUAACAUGUCGGUCCAUGCAGAGUACACGUUUUUGAAAAAAGGGAUUCGGGGGCAAAGUAUUUGUUAUGAGUUUGUACUUUCUGUGAAACAAUGUUUUAUAUUUUGUCACUAUAAAAAAAUAAAAUGGAGGUAUAUGAUUGCCUCAAAAGGUUGAUGUUCGUGUUUUUGAGCAGAAUCAAUGAAUAUCUUUUAAUAAACAUGUAUUUAGGUUGAAUAGAGUAGAAUAGAAUUUAGAAUUUAAGCUUUAUUACUCCCAAAGAAAAUUCAAAAGCGGCCAUCUGCUUGCAUUUAUAACCACACUAUCAUAUAAAAAGAACAAAAAACAUUUAAAAAAUUAAAAGAUUAAAAUCUAUCAAUAAAAAAUACAAUGAAAUCAUAAAAAAUUC